CACCAGCAGCUCCCAAAAAGCUCUCAUUUUCCAAAAAUGGCCUCCGUCCCUCUCCUUCGUUUCUCUCUCCAUCCACCUUCCAAAACCCUAACCCCCAAAACCCACCACCCCCACCUACUCCUACCCCACCCCCUCAAACCCAUCCUCCCCAAAUUCGUCCAAACCCAGGCCCAAACCCGAACUCAAACCAAGCUCAAUUCCAUCUCCGCCACCUACAACCCAAUCCCCGCCACAGACCGCUUAAUCUCCGCCGUAGCUUACUUUCUCCCCUUUUUCAACGGCCUUCAAUACGGCCGUUUCUUAUUCUCUCAAUACCCUUCCCUAACUCUCCCAUUUCAGCCAAUUCUUCCACUUCUCUCACUCUACCGUUCAAUCCCAUACGCUAGCUUUGUCACGUUCUUCGCCCUCUACUUGGGAAUUGUACGGAACGAGAGUCUAAACCGUUACGCCCGUUUCAAUGCGCUUCAAGCGGUUGUACUUGACGUUUUAUUGGUGGUACCUAUGUUGAUUCAGCGGAUAUUUUCUCCGGGUCAAUCUGGAAUUGGGCUGAAACUUACAAUGAUGAUGCAUAAUGGGCUUUUUGUUUUUGUUGUGGGCUGUUUUGUUUAUGGGCUUGUUAGUUGUAUCCUUGGGAAAACUCCUUACUUGCCUUUUGUUACUGAAGCUGCUAAUAGGCAAAUGUAAGUUUUUUUGUUUGUUUGUUGUUCUAUGGAGAUGCAGGAACGUUUUGUUAUAUGUUUUUUAAUUUCUUUUGGUACUUAAUAUUUGGAAAUGAAAUGAAAGGAAUUUUGUCCA